GAAUUAAGCUGCCUCUAUGGCACUACCUCCUAGUGGGAUCCGAGCCGGGUGUGGCGGCACGCCUAGGGGCAGCUCCGAUCGCACCAGCCACCUGCGCCUUCUCCCAUCCCGGUCUUCUUGACCAUAUUUUGACACUGGACUCAGGUGGGGGAGGAAAAGAGAGUGCGACAGAUGUUUUGCAAGCCUACUAUCCCUAUAAACUAAAUCACGCGUAAGUCACCGUUCCCGCUCUCACCUUGCUGUAGAGCCCACGGUGGACAUCAUCUUAAUCGACAGCCAAACAAAACAGAUAUUGAGACCGAUCUGACAAGAACUGGAAGUAUUUGAUCACCACUGCUUAAGGGCCAUCCUUCGAGUGAAGUUCACCGACUUCGUCUCAAAUGAGACAGUCCGUGCUCGCUGCGACAACAUCGCAAGGAUAACUCAGGACAUCCAAGAAAGGCGACUGAGGUGGUUUGGGCAUGUUCUUCGUCGUCCACUUCAGGAGCUCAGUGUUGCUGCCCUCGAUCCGGCACCGUUGCCUCAUUGGAGGCGUCGAAGAGGGGGUCAGCUCAAUACUUGGCUCGACACAGUUCAUCAAGACAUGAAGGUGGUUCUUGGACCUUCGGUAUUCGGUCCCCUUCGGUGGCGAAGAGAGUGGGUUGAGCUGUCCAGAUCUGCUGCUGCGGAUCGUCACGCGUGGAGAGGUACAGUUCGUGACAUCAUCGAGGCCGGCUAGAUCAGGCAUGAUCGCAGCCGUAUUAAGUACAAGUACAGGAAUCCAAUAUGUUUCUUCCUUGCAGUAAUAAACGUGACAUACUUUUGAUUAUCACGAUGCGCUAAAAGCCCGUGUGUGAUGUCUUCCAAAUUUGGGAUUUGCCAAGUACACUCAACUAGAUCUAUUCCUCCAUUAUUUGUAGGCCCAACCUCCUGGUGCUGGAUGAGCCUACGAAUCACCUCGAUAUUGAAACGGUCGGUGCCCUGGGUGAGGCGAUAAGAAGUUUCAACGGUGGGUUGGUGUUGGUUUCUCACGACGAACGUCUCAUCUCCUCUGUCUGCAACGAGGUCUGGGUCUGCUCCCGGUGCCACUUUGGUCCCCCCGAGGAGGGCCAGGGUAGCCGGGUGAAGGUGCUCAAAGGUGGCCUUGAGGAGUACAAGUCCGCCGUGCAUAAACAGCUGGACGAGGUUAAGGCACGGUAA